AUUAUAACCUCAAAUUGUUCAUUACACAUUCCUUGUUAAUUUAAUUAAUGCUGUUUUAGCAUCUUGUUGUACUGUUUUUGGCAUAUAUUUCAUAGAAAGAUUUUUAAUAAUCUUUAUUCAUAAAUUAUUCCUCCAACCAGAAAAGGAGGAGUUAAAAUUAAACCAGUUUAAAGUCAACGUUUACCUACGACUUGGGGGACACUUUCUCUAACCUUGUAAGCCUCGAAAUGGAGAAAGGACUAGAAAAGUGGCAAGAUGAUGAGACAUAGAAUAGGGGAUUUGCUCUGGCGAAUCCCAAAUUUGAUAUGCAUACCAGACUGUAUUUGAAAUCUGAAAUACAAACAAGGGUAAAUCGAUUUUAUGGAACCCGUUAAAUUAAUCAGUCAUUACAAUCAUUAUGAUUAUAACCUGUAUUUAGAAGUAAUGGCUAAAUUUUCAUAUCAACUUUAUUCAGAAAAUGUAUAAUUCAAUAGAAAUUGCCCCA